CCCGACCUUCGGCGGGUCCCGGUGCGGCCCCGCGGCGCGGUGCGGCGGGGGGGGACUCGAGCCCGGGCGGGAGCGCCAUGGAGCCGCCGCCGCCGGGCGCCGAGCGCGACCUCUACCGGGACACGUGGGUGCGGUACCUGGGCUAUGCCAAUGAGGUGGGAGAGGCUUUCCGCUCCAUGGUGCCCAGGGCUGUGGUGUGGCUGAGCUACGGUGUGGCCAGCUCCUACGUGCUGGCAGAUGCCAUGGACAAAGGCAAGAAGGCAGGAGAGGUGCGGGGCCCUGAGGCAGGCCGCAGCGCCAGGGUGACGGUGGCCGUGGUCGACACUUUUGUGUGGCAGGCCCUGGCCUCCGUGGUCAUCCCAGGAUUCACUAUCAACCGUGUGUGUGCCACCUCUCUCUACGUCCUGGGCACUGCUACCCGCUGGCCCCUGCCGGUCCGCAAGUGGACCACCACCACGCUGGGACUGUUGACCAUCCCUCUCAUUAUCCACCCCAUUGACAGGUCAGUGGACUUCCUCCUGGACUCCAGCCUGCGUAAGUUCUACCCAUCUGUGGGGAAGCCCAGCUCCUGACUCCACCCUAGUGCCUGGCCCUCGGUUGGCUCCCUCCCACUAGGGAAUGUAGAUACCGACUCCCUGAGGUCCACAGUCCUGGCACCUACAUGGGUUUGAGCUGGACAGAAGUCUGCAGGCAAAGUCCUCAAGGAGCAGCAGCUACAGAAAACUGCAGAGGCUGGGCCUGGACCCCAUUUGUUUCUGUGGAAUCGGUUGUCUUCACGGCGAGAGGACCUCUCUUUGGCUCCGGAUGGGGAAUCAUGGAGGAUGAGGAGACUGAGGCCCAGAUAGGGCAAGAAAUAUGCCCCAGAUCACUUGGCAGGCUGGUGCCAGGAGUCCCUCUGCCCAGCUAAAUCACCCCAUGGCAUCAUGACUGACAACAGCAGGUACUGGGGGAGGAAUGAAGGAGUGGGGCAUUUAGAUGUCCCCGACCAGCCACAGCUGCUAUGGAGACUAGGAGGCCUGGCAGGGAGGCACACAGCCCUGAGCUGGGAGCUGGCCCAAUAAAUCUUUAAGAAGU